UAUUACUGUAUUAAAUAUUUUCUUCUCUCUCCCGUUUUCCAAUCUAGGAGAACCAAAACCCUUCCUUGAGCUACUUUUCCCUUGCUAUCCUAGCGAUCAGAGAAAGAUGUCGUACUUGUUGCCUCACCUUCACUCGGGAUGGGCGGUGGAUCAGGCCAUUCUCGCUGAAGAGGAACGCCUCGUCAUUAUCCGCUUCGGCCAUGACUGGGACGAAACUUGCAUGCAGAUGGACGAGGUGCUGGCUUCGGUUGCAGAUACAUUAAAGAAUUUUGCUGUCAUAUAUCUGGUGGACAUCACAGAGGUCCCUGAUUUUAACACAAUGUAUGAGUUGUACGAUCCAUCCACUAUCAUGUUCUUCUUCAGGAACAAGCACAUCAUGAUUGAUCUUGGCACAGGAAACAAUAACAAGAUCAACUGGGCUCUCAAAGAUAAACAAGAGUUCAUUGAUAUUGUUGAGACAGUGUACCGUGGCGCGAGAAAGGGUCGUGGUCUAGUUAUUGCACCUAAAGAUUACUCUACCAAGUAUCGUUACUGAGUGUCUGUGAUAUUGUACUGAACUAUAAGAUACUUUAUGAUUAAACUGAAUCAGCUGUCAAGACCCAGAAGUGUACAAUAACUUUCCAUUAGUUGCAAGUGGAAAGACCUCUAGUCUUGUUCAAACCAUGUUAUGAUAAAUUAUAUUGACUAUAUUGAAAUUGUGCUUUUGUGGUU